UAUCCAAAUUCCACACAAUUAAAGACUUACAAAAACUCAAUUUUUAUGGAGACUAUAAUUCUUGAAAAGUGAAAGCCCAAUGAUCACAAAGGUUGUUCCCGGCGCCGAUCAACGGCGGAGCCACCACCGUCACCGCCAUUCAAAGUUUUACAUGUUCACCACUUUUUGUUUGAUAGCCAUUACAUGCACUUACAUGUUUAAUACAAACACUUUCAUCUCAAAUAUUUCAUUCAAUUUUAGCCCAAAAUCCACAACCCCAUUUUCACCAAGUGAUCUUUUUAACAACAACCAAACAUUCAUCAUCAAUCAACUGAAAUCGACUUCCUCAAUUCAAAACCCGGUCUUGAUCGUUAAAGAAAUCGUAAUUCAAAAAACCAAGAAUGACCAUGAACAUGGUCAUGUUGAUGUCACACCUAUCAAAUGGUUCAAGAACAAGUUACCCGAAUUCGAUAUCUUGAAAUCUAACCAAGAUUUCGCAACUCGGGCCAAUGAGUUUCUUAAAGAUUGUAAAGUUCGGUUCUUUAUGACAUGGAUUUCUUCAACACCUUUGAGUUUCUUUGGCGAAAGAGAGUUUCUUGCGGUGGACGCUUUGUUUAAAACAAACCCGGAUAGUUGUUUGAUGAUAUUAUCAAACACUAUGGAUUCUGAUCACGGGUUUCAGAUACUGAAACCCGUGAUUGACCUUGGGUUCCGUGUUCAAGCGAUUGAACCGGACCUUGACUUUUUAUUUCAAAAUACUCCCGCCAAGUAUUGGUUUGAUCAUAUCAAGAAUGGAAAUAAUGACCCUGGUGAAAUCCCAUUAGCCCAAAACUUAUCAAACUUAAUUCGCCUCGUCGUUCUUUACAAAUAUGGUGGCGUUUACCUCGACACCGAUUUCAUCCCUUUAAAAGAUUUUAGCCGGUUACGAAACUCGAUAGGAGCGCAAAGCGUGAACCCAUCAGGGAAUUGGACUAGACUGAACAAUGCAGUCUUGAUUUUUGAUAAAAACCAUCCAUUAUUAUACAAAUUUAUUCAAGAAUUUGCAUUGACUUUCAAUGGAAAUAGAUGGGGACAUAAUGGGCCAUAUCUUGUUUCAAGGGUAGUAGAAAGAAGUCUAGAAAACAUGAAGCAUGAUGCAAAUUUUAGUGUGUUACCACCGGCGGCGUUUUAUCCGGUGGAUUGGAGAAGAAUUAGUGGGUUAUUCCGGCGGCCGGUGAACCAAGUUCACCGGAGAUGGGUGGAAGCAAAGGUGAAAGCUUUGAAAAAUUCAAGUUAUGGGGUUCAUUUGUGGAAUAAACAAAGUAGAAGGUUAAGAAUUGAAGAUGAAAGUAUUAUGGCAAGAUUAAUCUCUCAUCAUUGCGUCGUAUGUAUAUUUGUGAACAAAAGUCAAAUAUUUCCCCAAAAUGAUUUUUUGAUUUCUUGACAAUUUUUUGAUAAUUUUUUUUGUUGAUUUACAUAAGAAAAGUUUUUGAUUUUUACUUUGUAAGUAUAAAGAUGGUAUACUGGUAUACAAUUGUAAUUUUUUUUUUUU